GAGAGAGCAGCGACGAUGGCGUUGCUUCGGGGCGCUUAUCGGCUCGCGAUUGAAGAUUACCUCACAAGAUUCUAUGAUGGCUGGCGGGAUCUGAUGGACAACAAAUCGGAUCCGCGCACACAGGAGUAUCCGCUCAUGAGUUCGCCGUUCCCCACGAUAGCCAUCAGCCUUACAUAUGCGUACAUCGUUAAGGUACUGGGCCCCAAGCUCAUGGAAAACAGAAAACCCUUUGAGCUGCGCAAAGUUUUGAUUGUCUACAACGCGGCGCAGGUGAUCUUCAGCACUUGGCUGUUCUACGAGUCCUGCAUCGGUGGCUGGCUGAAUGGCUACAAUUUGAGAUGCGAACCCGUCGACUACUCCUACUCACCCAAAGCGAUACGUACUGCUGAGGGCUGCUGGUGGUACUACUUCUCCAAGUUCACAGAGUUCUUUGACACUUUCUUCUUUGUGAUGCGCAAGCGGUACGAUCAGGUGUCCACGCUGCAUGUCAUCCAUCAUGGCAUCAUGCCAGUGUCCGUUUGGUGGGGCGUCAAGUUCACGCCCGGCGGCCACUCGACGUUCUUUGGUUUUCUGAACACCUUUGUGCACAUCAUUAUGUACACGUACUACAUGCUGGCUGCCAUGGGACCCAAGAUGCAGCGCUACUUGUGGUGGAAGAAGUAUCUGACGGUGCUGCAGAUGAUACAGUUCGUGCUGGUCAUGGUGCACUCGUUCCAGCUGUUCUUCAAGAAUGACUGCAAUUAUCCGAUCGGAUUUGCCUACUUUAUUGGCGCCCACGCUGUGAUGUUUUACUUUUUGUUCUCGAAUUUCUACAAGCGGGCCUACGUGAAGCGAAAUGCCAAGGAAAAGACAGCCGCCCUGAAGGCCAAUGGACAUGCGAAUGGCGCGAUCAAGACCCAAAAGGAUGGCAAUGUGCCGGAGUCCGCGGGCAAUGGCAAACUGAAUGGGUCUGCCAAUGGUUUCCACAACACCUUCUCAAAGUUCACCACGGAAAUGUGCAAUCCGGCACUGAAUACGACGACGCGACAGCGGGCGCUCGUCAACGCAGGCAACAAGUAGGAGAAGGAGGCGCCGCCAGAGCCAGCCAACCAGCCAGCCAGCCAAACAAGAAACACAAAAACAAAACAUAAGCAUAAAUUAAUUACGCUACCAUUUAAAUUACCUUACGAUUAAAUUAAUCAUAAGCAUAGGGAGUCCAAGCCUAAUCUAAGCCAAAUCGAAUUCGUAUCAAAACAAAAACACAAACAAAAUG